CCGGGUCUCUCUCUGUGUUUCAGAUGAACAAAUCAGUGAACAAGCAGGAGGAUGCCUGGAUGACCCAGUUUGUUAAACAGUUCAACAACAUGAACUACGUUAGGGACUCUCCUGAAGACUUGUCGAAGAGCAAUAAGAUGGAGAUGGGAGGAGGGAUGAUGUCAGACAAGCGUAUGGAUGUGAACAUGGGAGAGUACAGUGGAGUGAUGGGGAAAAACCCCUGCCUCCAGGCACCAGAUUCACAAAGAGCCUUCCAUGGAGAGAAGCCCUUACUACGACAAGGUCCCUCCCUCUCUACUGAAGUACCCUCCCAGUGCAGGAGGUCUGAACCUGUUUGGUCCACAGCAGGUCGCUGUUCUCAACCAGCUGUCUCAGCUCAACCAGCUGUCUCAACUCAACCAGCUUAACCAGUUACAGCGUCUCCUCCUCCAGUCGCAGCAGCAGCAGAGGACCAUGCCUGGUGGACAGCAGCAGAAUCACAGACCCAUCCCUGGUGGACACCAGCAGCAACAGGGCCGUCCCAUUGGUUCGUCCCAGUCGAUGAUGCAGCCUCCGCAUCACCUUGACCCCUCCCUCCUGAAGCAGAACCCCCGCCCACCAGCCCCAUAA